GGAAAAGUCCUGCUGCACCUGCCAUACCCCAGCGUGGGCAGGCAGAACCUCCUGGGCAGGAAACGGGGAGUGUGGGGGGAACAGGGAAAUGGUGAAAGUUGUGUGUUUCCAUUUUUCCUUUGUCCUUUUCCCAGGAGAGGCGUGAGGGCUCGCCAUGCCACUGGUGAAGAGGAACAUCGAGCCCCGGCACCUGUGCCGGGGGGCCCUUCCCGAUGGGGUGACGAGUGAGCUGGAGUGUGUCACCAACAGCACGCUGGCUGCCAUCAUCAAACAGCUGGGCAGCCUCAGCAGGCACGCCGAGGACAUCUUUGGAGAGCUGUUCAACGAAGCCAACAGCUUCUACAUGCGGAUGAACUCGCUGCAGGAGAGGGUGGACCUGCUGGUCAUCAAGGUGACGCAGCUGGACUCCACCGUGGAGGAAGUUUCGCUGCAGGACAUCAACAUGAGGAAAGCCUUCAAGAGCUCCACGGUGCAGAACCAGCAGGUCGUGUCCCGCAACUCCAUCCCCAACCCGGUGAUGGAGAUGUACCAGCGCUGCGACAAACCCCCGCCGCUCAACAUCCUCACGCCCUACAGGGAUGACAAGAAGGACGGCCUCAAAUUCUACACUGACCCCUCCUACUUCUUCAACUUAUGGAAGGAGAAGAUGCUGCAGGCGACAGAAGACAAGAGGAAGGAGAAGCGCGUGCCGCUGAUGCCCAUGAGCGACGCCCGCAGCGACCUGCUGGCAGCCAUCCGCAGGGGAAUCCAACUCCGGAAAGUCCAGGAGCAGUGGGAGCAAGAGGCCAAAAAAGAGCCCGUGGGCAAUGACGUGGCGACCAUCCUGUCGCGCCGGAUCGCGGUGGAGUACAGCGAGUCCGACGACGACUCCGAGCUGGACGAUAACGAGUGGUCGGACUGAGGGCCCCGGGCUGGGCUGGCUCGGAGCUCCCGGCUCCGUUCCAGGUGUGUAUAGGCACCUUCCCCAACGUCGCCCCGCUCGGGCAGGAGCUUUGCUUUUACACUAUGUCCAAAACCCUUCGGGCAGCAGCAGCAGCAGCAGCAGCAGCACUGGUAGGAUACACCUCGGAGGCAGUGAGACCAGAAAUUAGCGGCACCUUCAUAGUUAAUGACUUCCAAAAUUCUCUGAAGGCAGGUUAAUAGGAUUACUCCAGGUUUACACCUGGAGCAAGACCGGAGAUGGCCCUGAGUGUGCUUUGCGAGAGAAGGGAGCCCCAGAGGCAGCAGUGCUUUUUUCAGCUUAAUGUUAAUUGUGCUAACGAGAAGCUCCUGGAGAAGAAGCCUUGUUUGCACAGCUGGUGCCACCACGGGAGCACAGGGCUGGCUGUGUGGCCUUGGGGACACUCUGCUGCUGGUGGUGGUGGUUUUGGGGUCAGGCAGCUCCAAAAGCUGCGUGUGGGCAGGAGCCUCCCUCCCUACACCACGUUUUGUAUGGUUACACCACUGUGUGGUUCCUCCCUGGAAAAUCAUGGAAUGCUUUGGGUUGGAAGGCUCCCUUAAAGCCCAUUUAGUCCAGCUAGAGCUGGGACACCUUCCCCUAGAGCAGGUUGUGUGAGCAGCCCGAGGUGACCUUGGUGACCCUCCCUGUAUCCACGCUCAGAGCUGGUUUUCCAGGAAGGCAAGGCUGGUGUGGCUGGCAGGGAGACACAGCCUCGGCCAGGCUUGUCCUGCCUUUUCCAGAAAAGGAGUAAACCUGUCCAGGGAGCUUCCCCAAGCCCAGCUCUCCUUGGCCUUAGCGUGACACCGUUUCAGUGUUAUCUGGGAAAAAGUGAAUCAGACAAUCUGCUGCUUUCAGGUAAACUCUCAACUUGCACUUUGCAGCCCCACAAGCUGUGCCUGUACAGCUGAGAUCAGCUCAGACCCAGGCACCGAUUCCCCCUUCCUGAUCCUGCUCCGUCCCCUGUCCCACAUUUGGAUGGAGGAGCUGGGUGAGCAGGCCCCUAUUUCAGCUCUGAAAAUACCUGUUUUCCCACCAAAACAGAGCGUGAUCCGUGGCAGACUUUUCACAGAGCUACAAAGGGAAGAGGCACAGAGGAAGGCAGAGCAGAAGGGGUGGGAAAUACUGGAAACAUCACAGGCAGGUGUGGAAACCUGCAGAGAGCUGGGAGAGGUUUCCCACCUGUGGAAAAUGGGCUGGGACCAUCUGUGGAUUGGCCAGUGUGAUGUCCCCAGACCCCCCUCUUGUGUCCCCCUAUUCCACAAGUCCCUGGAUGGGGAAAGCCUGAGCUCUGUGCCCAGUUCCCUGCCUCUCCCAGUAGCCCUGUGGGUGAUGGCUACUUCAGCAGGGUUUUGAUGAUGGAGAAGCAGCCAGACCUCUAAAAGAGGUGGGAGGAUAUGGCUGAGAGCCAAAGGCUGGUCCUUAAAUUCCACAGAAUCCUAGAAAGGUUUGGGAUAAAAGGGACCCUAAAAACCACCUCAUUCCAACCCCCUGCCAAGGGCAGGGACACCUUCCACUAGACCAGGUUGCUGAUUUCCUGGGAGAUGCUGGUGUUGUCCCAAACUUCUGCUCAUCUGCCCCCAGUGACAAACCCCUCAUGGCCAGAUGUGGUGAAUCCUCUGCCCAGCUGCUGGGAAACGCCCCCAGGAGCUCUCCCUUCUCUCGAGUGGCACAGAAAUGGUCUCUUGUCCCUUGGAUGUGACACCUUGCACACCUCCACACCCGGGCUGGGGGCUGUGGUGCCCAGUGGGCUUGAGCAGGGCUGCAGAAUGGAUUUGGGAUGUGGGAGAGGGCAAGGUGAGAAGCAGCAGAGCAACAGGAUACGUGGAAUAACUCACCUGCAAAACACAAGGAGCAGGAGUGAGCAGAGGAGGCAGGGAGACACCGUGCCCUACAGGUGGCCAGGAAAUUCCUGGUGCUCACUGGGAGCUCUUGAUUCUGAGGUUGACGCUCUGAGAUGCAGGGAAACUGCUGCAAGAGCUUUUUACAGAGAGCCCCUGCAAUGCCCAGGACCUGCUUUCCUUGGGAAGGCAGCUGGGGUUUGGCCUGGAGCAGGUCCAGAAGGAUGCAGUGUGAAAAUUCAGGUUUGAGGUGAUGCUCCUGGUGGAGCGUUAUUGACGUAGAUACAAUCACAAAACUGUAAGUGAAGGGAAAUUUGCUUUAAUUGGGUAAUUUAGGGAGAGCAAGAGCCCUUUGUGAGAGAGGGAAAAGAGCAGGGGCUGGUGGAGCUGCUCUUAUCUGCUGCAGAGGUCGAGGGGCUGCAGAGCCACUGUGGGGACCCAGAGGAGCUGAGGAGUCCCACGGGCCCCAGGAAAGGGCUCAGGGACACACAGGACUGGCUGAUCCCAUGGCUCUGCCCCUGUCCCAGUUCUGCAGGGCUGAGCCAGUCCUGGUGGGAGCUGGAGAGGAGCCCAGUGCCCCUGAAAGAUCAGGUCCCUUCUUGUCAUGCACCAGUUGCUCUGUGUGUGUCACAUGGGACCGUGGUGACUGGGGCAGGGUGUGUGGCAGGUCAGGGCUGUCCCUGGGGCCUCCCACUGCCCUGUCCCCUCACAGCUCCUGUGCUGGGACUGGCAGCUGCCAGGACUGGGGCCAUUGCAAUCAUAGGAAGGUUGGUAGGGACCCUAAAGGUCAUUUAGGUCACUCAGGCCACACCUGCACAGCUGGGGGGGCAGGAAAGGCUCACCCCCCAUUUCCUCACAUCUUUAUGUUCUCACACCGUGUCCCCAUGGGGCAUCCCAGCCAUCCCAGCACAUCCUCACCCCUCCUGUUCUGCUGCAGGAAAUCCCCUGACAACACAAACCCAGCUCACUUUCUCAGCUCCAAGCCAGCCAGCAGCACCAGGCGCUCCCAGCCCUGCUGGGAACAUCAGCAUCCCCCUCUUCCAGGGACCAGAACCCCUGUGCAAACCCUAAAGCCGUCCUGGUAGCAGCGGUGGGACCCCCCACCCUCAUCCCAGAGAGGUGUCUGGGGGAGCUGGUGGAGAAGGAAGCUCAGGGUGGGUUUGGACACCCAUUUCUGCUCUGGCCAUGGCUCUCCCCACCCCUCCCAACAGCACCACGAGGCAGGCAAGCCCCAGGAGUCAUUCCAGUGGGAAAAGACCUCCAGGAUCUCCAAACUGGAGCAUUAAUGCCACAUGGUGGCACUGAGAGCCCCAAUCCCAUCCUCAGUGCCUUCACCUGAGGGACUCAGCCACUCUUGACCACCUUUGUUUGAGGCAGAUUCACCUGGUUUUUUGCUCAGGUGACCUUUGAAAUCCGACAGAAGUGGCACCAAUUCCUUGUCUGCUCUGGGCUGGUGCUGCUGGGAUUGUGCCACUCUAAUUAACACUGUCUGUCUGCCCCACAUGCUGCACACUCAGAAUUUUGUACAUAUGUGCCUAUUUCUGGACGUUCUCCCCAAAGUAGGCCAUGCUGUGUUACACAACCUGAAAUGCUCAAAUCCUCAUGUGGGCUGAUAUAAAAGUGAAUAUUUAAAUAUUUUAUCUAGCUUGGCAGACAUUAAAAAAUGCAAUCCAGGUCACAGAUGAUUGAAUUUCCCCCCCUCUCAAGAGUACCAGAAUUGGGCUGAGGAGAUUCUCCUGUACAUUAAGGUAUCGUGUUCCCUGCUAAAAUACAGCAGUGGCAUUUCAUUGCCAAAGCAUAAUCACAGAGUGCCAAACAUUUAAUGAGUCCAACUGAUCUCCUGAGAGUUCCUUUUUCCUUCUGCUUCCCUCUACUUGCCAAUUUAUGGGCAUAGAUUAAAAACAAUAAAUAUGGCUGUCAACAGGGGGUGGGGGAAAUAUCAAAUAUCAAAUACCCCGUGUCCUUGCAAAUGGGCUGGAGUCAGUGGAACAGUAAAUUUUGAGCCAUUUUGGUUCUGCUUGGAGAUAUUAAUGGAAGGCUGCCGUCCUUGAGGUCCAUCAGGAACCUCUUGGACAUCCCAGGUUGAUCUGGGAAGGGACUUUUCAGGGACCACAGUGCACCUGUGGUGCUGCAGGGGGUGCGAGGCUGGUCCUGCUCGGGUUCCUGGAGGUUGGUGGGAGCCCGGCAGCGUGCACUGCUGGCACUGCUCUCCGUGUCCCCCUGACUCAGGGUGGCCACUGCAGCUGGCUGGAGCUGCUGGUGGCUCUAAAAGUGUCCUGAAGGAAGAAUGGAUUGGGAACUUUCUCAUUUCUAAUUUCCCACCCAGGGAAGAGACUUAGAGAGGAACAAUCAUCCCACCCCACGAGAGCUCCUGCUUUUGCAGCUGCCUCAUCUCGGGAAGAUUUUACUCCUGUGACAAACUUUAGGCUGAGCUUGGCUUCUUCAGAGAGCUCUUUCCACAGAAGAGCCCUCAGAUUUCCUCCCAGCCGCUUUUCCACCUCUCUCUCCCUUUCCAGACACCCAACAGCCCCAAGAGAAGCUUUGCAGACUCCCCUGAGCCCGAAUUAACACCUCAGCUUUAAUGACAAGUGGAAGUUUUGCUUGGAGGGAGGCAGGCUGUAGCACUGGAGGUGGCACUUUGGAGGGUGCAUCCCAGAGGUCCCCAGCUGGCAGGAAUUCCGUGCCAAUUCCUUGUGGAUGGAGCAGGGAUGGCCAUGGGAAGCACUCCCCACCAUGGGAUGCUGGCAGGGGGAGCCCAGGCUGUUCCUUUCACCGAGAUCCCCGUGUUUUCCUGUAGUAGUAGUUAUUUAGGGGUAAGAUUUCCACAGCUGGAAUGUCACUUUACAGAUAAAAAAAAGAAAUAAAAUAAAAUAAAAGUAAGGGCAAGGAGUCUGUCCUGAGGAGUUUACAGUCUACAGCAAAGACCAUGUAACCUGCACUGCACUUUAGAAGCCUCAAAUGCUCACUCACCCAUAAAUUUCCCCUCAAAUGGGGACUGUUGUCCCUUCCUUAGGUGCCCCCUGAGCAGCAGCACCACCACGUCCCCCCGCUGGUGACAGCGCCGGGGCUCUCCUGCCCCUCCAUCCCCCACGCUGAAGUGCCUGAGCCAAGUCCAGGAGAGCCAAGCCAGGCUGGGUUUGUCCCUGAGCAGCUCCCUGUUCCCCCAGGAGUGCCCUUCCCCAGCCCCAACACAGCUGUGCUCUCUGGGAUGACACAAAUGGGGUGGGAAUGGUCCUGGGAGCAUCACUGCGGCCACCUGGUGACCCUCAGGGCUGCCACCAACCCAUGUGACAGCCUCUGGAAAACACCUGCAGACACUGAGAACCCAGAGCUAGGCUUUGAAGUCGUUCAGUCUUUCUGAGAAUCCAAGGGGUUGUUUGUUUUUGUGUGUGUGAAUCUGAUUUUUCUUGGACAAGCCCCAGGUUUUCUAGGCUCGCUCUCCCAAGCUCCACCUUCUCUGGGUGGAAAAAUGUGCCUGCAUUUUGCUGGUGGAGGGGGAAAAAAACCCCAAAAACAAACCUGGCCCCACAGUUAAGAACUUCAGGGAGGAGCUGUUUGUCCCCAAAGCCCUCAGAGCUGUGCCCACAGGCAGGGUGGGAUGUCCCCAGGAGAUGUCACCUGGUGCUGCUGGUGUCACCAAGGCUGGGUUCCUGCUGAGGGAGAGCCCCAGGCAAGAGCUGACUGGAAAAAAGGUCCCCAGAAGGCAGAGUUGAUGUGAAAUCACCCAAAUUGGUGUCUGAAUCACAGACUGCCAGGAGCCUGAGGCCUUCACCCUCCCCUGGGCAUCUCCCAGCAGGGAUCUUCCCACAGCUGCCUCUCACUCUUCCCAGGAGCAGGAUUAAACUUCUUGCUGGUGGCUGUGAGCCCAGGUGGGUGUGAAAGGAGCCUUUUCCCACUCUGGUGAUGCCAGGGGACAGGGCUGACCCAGGAGGGAUUUCCAGCUCAGUGGUAAUUCCAGCUCUGGGUUCUGUAUAAGGUGAAGGGUUCUGAGAGGAGAAAAUGAGGCAGGAAGAAACCAGCUCAGCAUUUUAGGUUCACAUCAUCCUGCACAGGGGAAACCUCACUCAGGUCAAACCCUGUGCAAAGCCACAAAGGGCAGUGAGGGGAAUAAAUCUCAGCUCACCGUGGGGUUGAGCUGUGGCAGCAGGGAGCUGAGUCAGGCCUCAGGGAAAGCUUUCUGGAGGUGAGGAUGGAGAAAUUCAGGUCACAGAGGCUCUGAGGAGGCUUUGAGGAGCCAGGGAGAAGCUGGUGACCUUGUGUGGAGCCAGGGAGUGGUGGAGGUGCCCACAGGGCAUUCCUGGCACGUUUCUAAUUCUGCCUCAUCCUCUCCUUGUCCUGGUGGGUUACAUCCCCCAGCAGCCAGGGCAGCUGCUUCUGCUCCCCCUUGCUUUUGGUGUUGACCCUCCAAUAAAAUAAAGAUUAAAAAGUGCUUUUAAAAAGUGCUAAUAAGCACCUGAGAGGGAAGGAUGUGAAAUCUGCUCUAUUUCAAUAUUUAAAAGGCAGCAGCUCCUCUGGACCAUUCAUGAUCCACAGACUGUAGUGAGUAAGCCGUUAAGGUGGACAAUUUAAAAAUUUACCCUUUGAUUUGGGGUAGCUCAGUUGAGAAAUCUAAAAAUAAAAUUAAAGAAAAAAAAGUAAAUCUAAAAAUAAAAAGAAAAAAAAAGAAAAAGACACCCACAAAAUUAAAAAGCAAACAAACAACUCACACGUGAUUUCCAGAAGGAUAAACUGUUCCCUUUCCUUCCCUCAGACCUCCAGGGAAGGUCAGACACAGCAACACUUCCCAGUCAAUCAGCAACAGAACGAAGCAGGUGCCACCAGAACCACUUCCAAAAAUCCCAGGAAAGCUGUGUUUAAGGAAAAGCAAUAAUCACAUCCCCCUCAAUGCAGCGAGGAGAGGGUCUCCUGCCACUGUAGGAGGUGUUUUUAUCCCUGGGGGGUCCCUCCCCAGCUCAAGGGUUUCAAAUCCCAUCGAUUUCCACCCCUUUCUGGUGCUGGUGCAAUCCUGAUGCCUCAGCUGGCAUCGCUGACUCUGUGGAAAAUCACUUCUCACCAUGGAAAAACCACAGAAGUCCUGUGUUAAAAAGGAAGAGGACUUGAGGUGAGGGACAAUCCUGUGAUGCCCGUGGGGAGCUGGUGAUUUCCUGCUGGCAGCAGGAGCAGAGCCCUGCCAGCUCUCCAAAAAUCACAGCCAUGAGCAUCAGCUCCCCCCGCGCUGCUCCCCCUCCAAAUUUCAUUUUCCUCUGGGAUGUUUUGGCUCUGUCUGUAGUUCUGGCCAGUUCUCCACAAGCAGGGCUGCUCUUUCUGGUGAUUUUUGUCUCGGGUCAGAGCAGAUCAGGUAAAGAAAUCAGAUCAUGGAAGCCCAGAAUUGUUUGGAUCCCAGUCUGGUUUCCACCCCCUGCCACGGGCAGGGACACUUUCCAUGAGACCAGCUCGCCCUGAGUCCCACCCAACCUGCUCAAAUCCCCACCAAUUUUAAAGAAACCUUUUAUUCAAAAUGCGUUUUCAGGACCUUUUGGGGCUGGUGGCUCCUCACCUUAAUGGACUCCCUUGGUUUUGGGGCUGCCUGACUGGCUGGGGGGAUCUGGAGCGGGGUGUGAGUUUGGGGUGAUGCUGAGCUCUGCUGGCACCUUCCUCCCCUCUGCUUUCAGCUGUGCCCUGCCACACGGAGGGCUUGGAUCCAGAAUUCCUGCUGGGAGCACCACGGGGCCAGGACAGCUCCUUAUGACACAAAGUGCCUUUCCUGGAGCUCCCUCUGGCACGGCCAGGGAGCCUCCUGGGGUGGGUGGUGUUGCUGUGCUGGGAACGGGCAGAGCUCACCUGGGCUGCAAACCUGGAGCUGCCCAGACCCCAAACCUGGAGCUGCCCAGAUCCCAGGGGAUCCUCUGGGAUCCCUCCCUCCACAGGAGUGGCUCGGGGAGCAGUUUUCACUCCAGGCUUGGCCAGCCCAAGAAAAGCUGCUCCAGAGGCACGGGAGCAGUUCCCAGAGGAUGUGGGAGAUGUGGGGAGGACACAAACCCUGUCACCACUUGGCUGUGGGACAUGCACGUGCUGCUGCCAUGGGGCAAGCAUUCAGGGGAGCCUUCCUCUUCCUCCUCCUCCUCCUCCUCCUGCUGCUGGGACAAUGCCAGCUGCUGCAGCAGGACAGGAGCCAUCUCCUUCCAGUUUUCCAUCCUCUUUCCAGCCAGCAGGAGCACUGACACCUCUGGCCGAGGCCAGGUGCUGUAGGGGAGUUAUUUUGGAGGGAAUUGCAGGCAGGUGAGGAUCAUCCCCUGUGCCCUGUGGAUCAAGGCACCUCAGACCCCCCCAAACCCAAACUCUGAGCUCAGGAGACCUCCUGGAGCAGGGGGGCACCAAUCCUCCCAAACCAGAGCAUCCAGCUCCACAUGGGCCUUUUAAAAGCAAUUUUCUCCCCUUUUGGCACCGAGUGAUCACACACAGAGCCCGGAGCAGGGCUUGGGCUGCUCUUUGUGGAGCUUGGCCCCAGCUCUGCAGGCGGGGGUGGCACAGAGGGGACAGAAACACCCCAACACCCCUGCAAAAGGCUCCUUUUUCAAUCACAGCAGAAGAAUGGCUCCAUCUCCUUAAAUUUGCUGGUAGAAGGAGCUGGUGGGAGCCAGGCACCUUCCCAAGGGAGGGCCACCCAUUCCAGGCCGUGCCAGGUUCCCAUGAUUACCAAGGAAGGAGAUUCCCACGAUUACCAAGGAAGGAGACGUUCGCUGUCUGGUGGGGUCUUUAGCCAUGUGCACUUAGUCAGUAGGUGAGUAGAUGUUGCUGCCCGUAUCUAUCUCCCCUACCCAGUUGCUACGUGUGAACAAGUGUAUUUCUCCCCAGUGUUGUGGGUUCUGCCUGUGGUGACACGAGGAUGGAAAAGGCAGGGAUGACCUCGAGCUUCCUCCUGUACAGGGCAGAGAGGAAACCUGGAUCGAUCCGAGGCACCGCUUGUAACUACAUUUGUUCAAGAAAUGUCAUCUUAACCCCAAACUGUUGACACUUUAUGCAUGUGCUAAUUAAAUUUAAAAGAAAAAAAAAAAAAAAGGGAUUAAUAAAAAAAUUAAUAAAGAUUUUAAGAGGUUA